AUGACUACUGUGGUCAAAGAGUCCACACCCAAACGAGUCCGUGCCAACUUGGCUUGCGACCGGUGCCGCCAGAGAAAGACCCGCUGUGAUGGAAUCCAACCGGUUUGCGGAACAUGUAUGAAGCGCAACAUUCCAUGCAAGUUUGAGCGGAAGUACCCUCGAGCUCAGGUAUCCGUCCAGUACGUCAAGACACUCGAAGAGAAGUUGGGCAUCCUCGGGCCCCAAGCUGAAGGUAACGCAAAAGUUGCCAACAAAUGCUCGUCAGAAGAGCCUCCAACUGAAGGUAGUCUCAGAAUUGACCCCUCACCCACUACCAUGCUCCUUCAUACGCCUACCCCAACUCCAACGACAAGAAGUCAUGACGAUUCCAGUGCCGAUGCCAUGGGAGCAGGCUCACUUUCAGGGAACAGGAACAAAGACAAGAACUUCUACGGAUCUUCAGCUGCAGUUUCAUUCAUGAAAGAACUAGCCACCGCAGUUGAUGGAGGUUUUCAGAGAUACUCGGACUCGGAAGAUACAGAUAUGACGGAACGAGUCAAGUACAAGAUGUCUCGUAACGAUGCCAGAAGCACCCGAGGGUUGUCAGACAUGUUGGUGCCUCCACGAAGCAUUGCUGAUCGCUACGUGAGAAACUACUUCGAAUUCACGUACAAUCUCUACCCUUUUGUACACGAACCAACAUUUAUGGCUGCCUAUGAUGAGAUCUGGUCUGCUGACGCAGGAUCCUAUGAAGUGGAUGAGCUUUUCUACUCUAUUCUAAAUAUCAUAUUUGCAUUUGGAUCCCGCCUCCUGCUAGACAACGACCGUCAGGAGAGCUUCGCUAAUGCUGACAUGUACUUUGAGCGGUCCCAGGAGUUGCUCCGGUUUCAUCUUAUGGAUGCCGGUUCACUCUUGUUGGUUCAAGCGUUACUUCUUACGGGUCAGUAUUUACAAGCUACAACCAGGCUGGCUGGGUGCUGGAAUAUCAUAGGAUUGGCGAUCCGUAUAGCUCAGGGCUUGGGGUUACACGAAGAACAGAAUCUUGACUCGACAGAUAACUAUAUAGAAAAGGAGAUGAGGAAGAGGUUGUGGCAUGGAUGUCUAAUGAUGGAUAGAAUAGUAUCUAUGACAUUGGGAAGACCUAUGAUGGUAAUGCAUGACUCUCGUAUGCCUUUACCUUCUGCAGUUGAUGAUGAGAAUAUCUCGGACGAUUCGUACUUGCCGUCUACUCGCCCGUCAUACAUGUGCUUCUUUAAUGAAACAGUUAAGCUCUACGAUAUUCUUGCUGAUAUUUUGAAGAUAUUCUAUUCUAGCAGCGAGCCAGAAUUUGUUGAUCUCUUUCUCAGCAUAUUUCAGAUCGAAGAAAGACUCAACAAAUUUCAUGAUAGUGUACCUACACACAUCAAAUUCGGAUUUGAGUUGCACGAAAAACCUUUCCGUCGCCAGAGUAUCGUUCUUCACUUGCGGUAUUUGCAUUUGAAGAUGGUUCUCUAUCGCCGUGUAUUAUUUCCUAAAAAAAAUUCAACAAACAAAGGAGAGAUUCACUCCGAAUUGUACUCCAAUACCACAAAGUCGAUAUCUUUGCUUUGUGUGGAAGCGGCAAUCGAAUUAAUUCAGGUGGUCAAAAAAUAUAGGGCCGAAGACAUACUGCUUUUGCCCGCUAGUUGGUAUAAUGUGUUCUACUUGUACAGUGCCGAGACAGUAAUGUUGGCGGCUAAGCUUAAGCCUACCCUACAAAAAGAAACUAGCACGGAUAUGUUCACCACUGCCUGGGCCAACGGAUUAGAAAUGUUGGCCAGUUACCAAGGCGAAUCAGAGUCGGCAGUGCGGUGCUUGAAGAUAUUGGAAAUUAUGGGGGAAAGAGUUCAGACAUCUGGGUUCCAACAAAAACGGCAUAUUGAUAUUCCUACAGUGGACAGCAGUUCAGCCCAAAGUAGUCCUUUGCAUGUUCCUUCCGAUGUUCUCUAUUCAUUAUUAUAUGAUACUGCGGGUCCAUUUGGAGGACCAUUCUUCUACCGAGAAGAUAUGAAUCGGUUUUCAAGCUAGAAUAGAAUUUUAUCAGCCGGGAGUAUUUGAACUCCGUUUGCUUAGUUAGUUUUCCUAGUUAGAGGGGAUUAAUAAAAUAACCGAGUGAAUU